CAACUGAACCUCCAUGAAGAGCGAAGCUGCUUCGUACUGACUCUCUUCUCUCCAGUUCCACGUCAAGACUUUUGGAAACAUUUAAACCUCUCAUGUCAUUUUCAUGGAGGAUAUUUUCUUGAGUUAGUUUCUUGAGUCACUGUCAGAAAAUAGAAAUGUCAGUGCACAGCAGUGGGUCUGAGGACAGCAGCAGCUGUGACGGUGCAGGCAAAAAAUAUCUGCCAUGUUGUGCCUCGGGACUCGUCUCAGCUAAAUUAACUAUCGUGGUCGGAGACACACAUUUCUCAGAGGAGAAGAUGUUACUUGUUCAGAGCUGUGACUAUUUCCGAGCUCUGUAUCGCUCUGGGAUGAAGGAGUGUUGGCAGAAAGAAAUCCAUAUCAAGUCUCUGCGUGCGCGAGGCUUCCUUAUUGCCUUGACAGUUUUACGAGGUGAAAUGCCCAUCCUGGAUGGUGACGACAUUGUUGAGGCCAUCGAGUGUGCUGCUUUCUUGCAGGUGGCGCCACUUACUAAACAUCUCAUCAAUGUCAUCGACUCUGAGAACUGUUUGUUGAUGUAUCACACUGCUGCAACCUUCGGACUUAUGGACCUUUACCACUCUGCUGCACUGUUUAUUCGAAACAUGUACGCCGACCUGGAGGCAGAGGUCAAGAAAACCUUUCCAUCAGAGUUGAUCUCCUAUGUGGAGUCUUUGACCCCAAGUGUUUUCGUGGCUGUGGGGGCCCAUGUGACCUGUGGCGUGGAUGACACUGUACACGCUGCCUCCAGGACAGUCUGUUACCUGGAUGAAAGUGGCAAUAAUUGGAAAGUUUUAACAGAUCUUCCUUUACAGGCUAGCACAUCCAUGGCUGGAGUGACUGUUUUAGACAACAAACUCUACAUAGUCGGAGGAGUUCAUGGACUUCAUAAACAAGUCGUGGACUCUAGUUUCUGCUACAGCGUUGAAAACAACAGCUGGAGCACCAUCUCCAGUCCAGCCCAGCUGCGGUACAAUUUCAGCCUUGUGGGUGUAGAUGGUCAUCUUUACGCCAUCGGAGGAGAAUACCAGCGAACAGUGAUGUCUUCUGUGGAAACAUAUGACAUAACAUCCGGAAGGUGGGGAUUUGCUGCUCACUUACCUCGACCGGUAGCAGGAGUGGCAUGCACCAAAACCAUGAGUAGAAUAUUUGUGUGUCUGUGGAAGCCGAUGGAGACCACAGAGAUCUAUGAGUACGUCCCAAAGAAGGACGAGUGGCAGCUUAUUAGUACGCUGAUCAGGCACCAGAGCUAUGGCCACUGCAUGGUUGGCCACAGGGACAACCUGUAUGUCAUGCGAAACGGGCCGUCAGAUGACUUCCUGAGAUGCCUGAUGGACUGCUAUAAUCUGAGCUCGGGCCAGUGGUCGUCUCUGCCUGGACACUUCGCCAACAGCAAAGGUUCACUGUUCACAGCAGUGGUGAGAGGCGACUCUGUGUUAACGCUCAACAGGAGCAUGACUCUGGAGUAUGCCAUUGAUGGUAAAACCUGGAAGCCCAAACGGCAAAUGAAGGGUUUCCCCAGAAGUGGAUCUGUGUGGACAUUUCUGCUCCAGCUGCCAGAUACUCUCAUACUGCAGUAAUUGGUUAAUAUGCUCUGAUUGAUUGGAUGGUCAGCAUCUUUUUACACUCAGACAUUUUCU